AUGCUUCUCAAAACCGCCGUAACCGCUUCUUCUUCUCCCUCAAUUUCUCUCUUCAAUUCUGAAAACUCGCGUUUGGUUCCGUCUCUUCAUAAACCGGACCGAUUAGCGGUUUGUGCUACGAAAGGCUCUAGCAAUAACCGUGUUUUGACUGGUGUGUUGUUUGAACCUUUUGUAGAGGUUAAAAAGGAACUUGAUCUUGUUCCUGUUUCUCCACAAGAGUCUCUUGCUCGCCAUAAAUUUCAUGCCGAAUCUGAAGCUGCUAUUAACGAACAAAUCAAUGUGGAGUAUAAUGUUUCGUACGUUUACCAUGCGAUGUAUGCGUAUUUUGAUAGAGAUAAUGUUGCGCUUAAAGGUCUUGCUAAAUUUUUUAAAGAAUCAAGUGAAGAGGAAAGAGGGCAUGCUGAGAAAUUGAUGGAAUAUCAGAACAAAAGGGGUGGAAGAGUGAAGUUGCAAUCUAUAGUGACGCCACUUUCUGAGUUUGAUCAUGCUGAUAAGGGUGAUGCGCUGUAUGCAAUGGAACUUGCACUCUCAUUGGAGAAGCUUACAAAUGAAAAACUCCUUAACCUGCACAGUGUUGCCUCAAAGAAUGGUGAUGUAAACUUGGCAGACUUUGUGGAAAGUGAGUUUUUGGGUGAACAGGUGGAAGCCAUCAAAAAGAUAUCCGAGUAUGUUGCUCAGCUCAGAAGAGUUGGCAAAGGACAUGGUGUCUGGCACUUUGAUCAGGUUCUUGCUUAA